AUGUCGUCAGGUUUAGCCUCUUGCGGAGUGAGGACGGCUGAGGGGGCUGGAAACCCAUCGGGAGUUCGGAUCGCGACAGCAGAGGAACGCCAGCUGUUUCCAGCUACAUUUUUGAAUGGAACAGGAUCCUCUCUGGGAAUGGUGGCAGCCGGCUUAAAGAAUGCAGGCCACGGGGGCUACGCCGUCGCGCCUUCAGCAGCCGCCGCGACUUAUGUGCCUCAGUCCCUGUCAUCGCUUCCAACGCAGGCAUGCAUGGUGCUUGCGGGCUGCCAGGAUAUGAGCGGCAUGUCGACCCCUUUGAAUGCCACGGAUAUGAUUUCGCCUUCCUCCUGCUCGACCUCUUGCACGGCGAGUCCUGACGCAUCGCCCUCUGCGGCUACGUCGUCCUCAGGCGCAGGCGUUAAUGCUUCUUUCUCUGCGGCAGCGACUACCGGCUGCGCGGCGUCAGUGGCGGGCGCCGGGAAGUCCUCCGCGCAAACUUCGUUGCGAACUGCUUCUCUGCCUCAACCUUCAGUGCUUCGAGCGUCUGCGGGUCUGGUGACGCCGGUUACUUCAACCGCCGAUUUGCUCAGCAGCUUGUCUUCCCACAAGGAUCCGUGGCUUCACCUCCUCCUUGCCGGCAGUGCCACAUCCCCAAGCCGUGCAGACGUCGUCGCGGCCCUGAAAACGAAUGGCGGCAAGAGCCUCGGCCUCGGAGGCGCUUCGCCGCUCUCGUCGAGCAAGAAGGAAGAUGGAACUCCUUCCGCUUUUUCCUCCGUCGCCCCUGUUGGCGGAAGGAUGCCUCUGUCCUUACCCCUGGUCGGAAGUAAUUGUGUCUCUGUUCAUCCUGAGAUCGCACGGAGUGGCAGUCUCACAUGCGAAUCACCUGCGGCAGCAGGAAUGGAUGCAAACAGCGCAACGCACGCCGCUGCGCUGGCAAAUCUCCUUCAGGCUCAGGGCGUCGGUUUCGACAAGGCAGCGACGGAUAGCAGAGAGGAAGACGCGGCGAUGCUCUUUCUUCAGCAGUUUCCUAAGCAGCAGCUUGCAAGUCACGGUGGAGCGGUAGCCCCAGGGCAGCAGGGGCAUGCGGGCACGCUGACGCUUGCGGCGCAGCUGGCGGGUUUGGUGUCUGGUCCUGUUUCGCCGGCGCCUCGACUGUGGCCGUAUGCCGGUCGUCAGCCCGUGCAGCCACAGCGGCUCAGUCGGGCGGACGCUUCCCACGUUGAAGGGCCGCCAGCCAGGCGAGCCUCAGCAGCCUGUGGCCCCUCGCCGCCGGCGGCGACCGGGCGGGUGGUGCAGACAGGGACAGUGAAAAGAGCAAACAGCGGUCUGGGUCGAACGUUGGCGGCGGCGGCAGCUGAAGACGCAGCCAAGUUCGCGCCGAGUUCGCGAGCUGCGAACGCGGAAGGGGCGAACGACGCCGCUGGAGCGGGGGAAAAACCGCGGACGGUGUUCAUCGGGAACAACAAGGCCUCUUACCAUCCUGACAAGCAGGAAUGGAGGACGCGAUAUUACCAAGAUGGGAGGCGGUGCAUGCGGACAUACUCUGCAAAGUAUUACGGCUACGAGAGGGCAAAGUGCCUGGCGGAGUGCUUUAUCCGCUUCGUUCAGACACACGGCGCACUUCCCAGCCAACAAACGCUUCUCCUUGCGGCGGAGAGAGCGCAGCAGCAGCAAACGCUCACUCAGCUGGCAAACGACGCCGUGGCGCCUGCCGCCGCUGGUGCCGCCUCUCCUUCCAACAAAUCCGCCGCCGAUGUCGGGUUCUCUCGAGCGCCGGCUGCGGGGGCAGAGGCAGCGGGGUCGUGUCCAGCAGCAGCAGCCCAAGGCCUGUCUGAGCCGCAAGGUGUGGACGCGUUUCUGAGCCCGUUUGCGGGUAAUGGGCUGGCGCAUUCCGUCGCGACAGCGAGCGCUAAGGACUCCGUCUUGGGAAGUGAACCUUCGUCGCCGACAGCCACGUCGGAGAGCGCAUCGUUUCGCGCCUCCGCGCGCUCGCGUCCUGUCUCGACAUCGCAUUCUGGAAAAGGGGCAAAGGGAGAGCGCCAAGUGGAGGUGAAGGGCGUGAACGGGGGCGUGGCGUCUCCGGGGAGAACGGACGACGUGAGAUCGCGGCGAGCGGGUCUCAAGAGGCGGAGGGAAAGCGUCGCGGGGGCGGAGGAGGGCUCGGGCGUCACGACCUCCUGUCGGCACUCGGCGACGGGUGCGGACAGCAGACUCGUCUCUAAACUUCCCACGAACAAGGCGCCGAAAAGGGCGGAUGGGGUCGAUGCGAGGAUUUCGAAGCAUAUUGACCAGCAACGCCUAUUAAAGCGCAACACGACAAGCGAUGUGCGCUCCCUCGUGAGUUCUGCUGCCCUUGCCCCCUCCGUUGAGGCGCGAGCAAAUUCUGAGAUGCAGACGCAGGGCCUUGCAGAAGACGAGGCGGCGUUGUCGCCUCUCUCCGACGUCAGCAAGCAACUUCCACUGGCGCUUCUUCGUCAACUUUUUCCUGCGUCUUCCUCCGCUGACAGCGCUUCGGAAAGUUGUCUGGCGCACACCAGUGACGAUCCGAAGCAGUCCGCGUCUUCGUCCGCCGCCUUGGCUCCAUCCGGUUUCUCCACUCCUCUGUCUUCGUUCGCGUCGACUGCCUCAGCAGCUGCGGACGCCUUGGCCCUGGCUGUGGCGUCGGCGGGGAAGGAGUGUGCGAGGUGGAACGAAGGCACACCAGGAGGAAACUGCUCGCCAGACGGCGGCGCAGGCGAAACCAUGAGACUGGGGAGAGUGGAGGCAGGACGUGAAGCUCCAUUUGUGGAAACAGCUUGCAAAGAGGAUUCAGAAGAGGACGUCGUUGGGGAUGGCGCCUUCAGGCCAGUCGGUGUUGGCGGCGAUUCGACAGAUCGCCCUGGAGGCGUGCAAAAAGUGUUGCUGCAGGGAGCAGCGGAAGGGGGAGAAGAACAGGGACUUCCCCGGACGGAAGACAGCCAAUUUUUGCCGAAGAACGCAGAUGUGGCUCUUGUGGAGUCGUCCAUGGAUGACGACAGAACCGCAUCCCUUCUGCAGGCUUUUUUUGAUGGCUGCGUGUUGGAGUCGCUCCAGAGGGGCAGAGCCCAUCCCGGAGGUGAAGGCCUUGCUGAGGCGGCGAGCGACUGGAAGGCGGAGGACUAUGGACGUCGGCUAGAGGCGAGGCGCGCGACACGCCCGCAGCCUGGCCUUGUUUCUGCGUUGGGGGACACUGAAGGGAAGGACAGAGAGCGUGGAGACACGCGCAAAUGCGGAGGUGAAAUUCAAGGUCUGCCGUCGAGUCUGAGCUCUCGCGGCUCGUUUUCCAUCACAUCUGCGUCAACUGCUGAGCUGUAUCCGUCGGCGGCUGCUGGACUUCCUGUAUACGCCAGCGUUUCUUCUUUAUCGCUGUCGGAUCCGCGGCUGAUGCAGUUGCUCGCAGACCGGGCGGCGCUCCAUUCUCAAGCGGGGGGCCGCGGUCGCAGUGACGGUUUCCGCCACCUUUCUGUUCCCCUCGCUGACGAGAAAAUGGCGCGCCUGCUUUCGAUGGAAGACAAAGAGGGAGUUGUGGUUGGCGAGAAGAAUACUCUGCCUGCACCAUACAGUGACACGACUCCACACGCACGUGGCUCGAGACCCGCUGAGGGCGUCUUGCGUGAUCAGAAGGCCGUUGGCUCCCUUCCUGACGACCCCCGAGGCAGGGAAGGAGUUAGCAGAGGAAGCGGCUGCGAUGCUCUGCUUCUGCGAAGCGUCCUCCAGCAGAGUAGGGCCUGUGCGCGGACACGGGGGUGUAUCUCGGCGGAGGUGCUUGCGAGCCUCAGCCGCUCUGUGGGUACCGCUGGCGACGACCCAGGAGGCAAGCGUGAGAAAAUUGCCAGUGUGUUCCAGCAGGGGGAGAAGCUCCUCGGCCUGCAUGAUGCAAGUCUUCGCACUGUUUCCACUCUGCCCAGUGCGGUUCUGUGCGCCGUCUCGGAUCUCCUUUCUGUCUUUGUUCUCGGCGAGCAACAGGCAGAGAAGAAUGAGAGAUCGGGGAAACAAGAAACCCUGGAGUCUGACGAGGAUCAGAGCGGCAGUGCUGGGAGUUCAGGGCCCGCUCCUCAGUCCGCGGAGGAAGAAAUGACGACUGUUGGUGGCGGCGAGAGUGUGAAGCGGGCAACUUGCGAGGAGGCAAUGAGCGGGACGAAGCGUGAGCGACCUGAGCGAGACUUUACCCUGAAGCUUUCUUGUCCAGAGUCUCUUGCAGAUCGCUUGUUGAACUCGCAUGUUGCCUCUCUCUGUCGUCUGGCAUGUGCGACAGAAGCUCCCCUCUUGUCUGCGUUUUCUUCCGUGUUUUCGGAUGUCGGUGGGGUACUUGAAGGCGAUGCACAGGACGGUGUCUCCACGCCCGCCUCUUUUCUUCCUCUCCGUGUAGACAGCGUUUCUUCGCGUGAAUCGUUGAAUCCCGCACGUCCUCGUGACGCGGCGUCGCAGGCCCUUUCGAGCAUCCAGAGCCUCUCCAUUCGGACUCUCCGCGCAGCGACGGAAGCCUCGCAAGGGGCGGUAGCCGCGGCGGCGGCGGCAGAGAAAGAGGAAGCUUGUCGACGCGCUAAGAGCGACGCAGCAAGCAGAGACUGCGUUGUUACUGCUGGAGUGGCGGAGAGAGCGCAGUGCGUUGGUGUCUCUGCGGAGGGCGCGAGCCGUGAGGCACAUGCGACGGGAGCUGCUGCAUGUCAUGCAGCUGAAAGUCGACUUCCACACGAAGCGGCGUCGGAACCAGAGAAACCGGGCAACGAGAGCCUCAGCAGCGACGCGGCAGCUGGGGGAGGUGAGUUUGGGUCACCAAGUCCGGCCGAAGCGGACGACUCGAGUUGCAGCACUAGUGACGGCAGCACAAUGAGCGAUACCGCUGCGCCCAUUCGGGUCCCCUGCGGCGGCGCUUCCGCAGGAUCCGAAUCUGCGGGAUUUGGCGUCAAAAGCGAGGAAAGCACAGCAAGCGCUGAAACAGGGACGAGGCGAGAGCUCCUGCUUCCCGUGGCGAGUGCGGAGCAAUCGCCUGUUCAAACAGUGGCAGAGGCGAGCGGCGCGGAGCGAGGGAACGUGAAAGCGGCCUGUGUAUCGCGCUUUCGGGUUCUUCAGCGGGAACAGGAGGAUCGGGCGAGGCGGUUGCUGAAGGAGUUCUGGACGAUCCAACAUCUCCAGAACGAGGUGAAGGAAGCAGUUGGCAAAGAAAUGGAGGAGCACGCAAGGCUGCGAGAGCGCGAUGAGGCCACGGUUCGAGUUGGCACUGUCGCAGCUCUUGCGCAGCAGCUUUUCAGGGAUAACAUCGAGCUGUUUCUUCUAUUGCAUGCUGCCCUGAAGGCAGAAGGGAGAGCUAGUUCGGCGGAAGCCCAAGGCAUCAAACGGAGGGCGCAGCUCGUGGAACAAGGCACACAGGGAAACCGAGGAAGCUGUGAGGGUAAAGGGGGUUUGUCUGUGAAGAACUCAGAGGGAUCGGUAGCAGCAGGAGGAGAAAUUUCACGGGAAGAGGAAGAAGGAGAUGCAACUCCGCAGCUGGCUGCGCUUUCUUCUCCGACCAGCGAUUCUUCUCCGAGCGCAGCGCCGUGCUCAAGCGCGUCGUCCUGCUCACAGGAAUCCUCGGUGGAGCCUGCUGCUUCUACCGUAGUCUGUGUUUCUGCGCUGGAUGUGGCAAGGGAGCGGACUGGCGCUGAGCAGCCCGAGGCGCAGCAAGGUUGGCUGCAACACAAGGAGUUGGACGGGGACGUAGGGCGGGGCAAGGGAGGCAAAGGGACGCUUUUUAGCGGAUCAUCAUGCUCUAUUCCAAGGGACGUAAGCGAAAGGGGCGGCGCAUCAGUCGACUCGAGCGUGUCGGACGCCCUCUGCGCUCUCCAGCGCACUGUCCAGAGCCUCAGUGCGCGGCAAGGACAGAUCGCGGAGCUUGCCAAGACGUGUCUUUCGCUUAUCGCGCUCCAGCGUCGGGUGCUGGCUGAGCGUCAAUCCCUGUUGGCAGUUACGAUUGAGGCGCUCGGCCUGGCGGGUGACCACGGGGGGGUGAGCAGACUUCAGUGUGACGGAGGCAACGGGUCGAGUGAUCAUGAGAUUGCGGAGGACGGCAAAGCCGGAUGCUGCUCAGCUGCGUCUGGCGUUGAUAUCAAUCAGUCUGGGCGAGAGGCUGCUGCUGACCUAUGUGGCAGAUCGAAAAGUUUUGCAGAGAAAGCGGGGUCGCGUGCUGAAAAUUCGGCAGAAGGGGGCAUUCGAACAUUUGGAGAUGAUAAUGCAAGUGCUUGCAGUAGCAAGGUGUGUGGAGUGGGAGAUAGUGACGAAGAGCAGUUUGCCGUAGCUGCGAAGUCCGACGAGGAAGGUGUGGGUGCGGCUGAGGCACCGUGCCCUUCUGUCAGCACGGCGCGUGAGGGCACUCUUUUCAGUGAAGACGAGAGGAAGAGCAGCACGCCAGAGAUCGGUGUGCGGGCCUCCGACAAGAGUUCCUCCGCAGCGGACAUCCUUCGGUUUCUUUCUUCUGAUUGUGGGGCUGUAGGGGUUGAUAAAGCUCACGCGGAGAAGGCGCAGUUGCGUGCUUUGUCAGGGGUGAUGUAUUACCAACCUGCUUUUGCGGGAGUGGAGAUGAAGGGCGAACGCACCAGUGAUCUGGCUUCCGGCACCGCUGGGUGCGGCACUGAGCCGGCGGGUGGUCCGUCUCAUGGCUUGGUUACUACAGAGGUCCCGCCUGAGCCUGCGAAGAUGGCUGAAUCCCAGAAGGUUGGCUUCUUAGGGCUUGGCGAGCUGCUCGGCAGUUCGGCGGUGUGGGAGAGGAUGCGAAGAACGCCGCAGGCCAACUCGCCGUCUUGUCCGUCUUCCGAAGCGCUUCCGCAGGGUGCCGCAGCAGCCUUUUCUGGCCCCCUGUCCGACGUGGGAAGAUCGGAUUCAGCGUGCGCGGUGAUGAGCGACAGCGCGUCACAUUUGCAUCGGAUCAACUGGCAGGUCCCCGAGCAGCUCCAGGACGAAGCUGCAGGUAUGAAGAGGCCUUUUGCGUUCAGUAAUACUGCACUCAGCCGGUCGUCGAGUGGACUCGGUGGUGGGCAAGACGAGAGCGCAAGGAAGGAAACGGAGGCAUUCCUUUUGAGUCUUCAGACAGAAAAUGUCCCCUCGAUGCCGGAGAUCAGCACGUUUUUGCACCUGAAGGGCGACGGAUCCCCCACGGACACUCUUGGCGACCGUGCGUCUCUUGCGGGGGGCCCUCCGAGUCGACCCUCGAGAAGCUGA